CAGAGUUACUUCCAAAGACUUCUCACCCCAGGAGGGACCCUGUUGCCGCUUCUGGAAAUGCCAUACUUGGACCGACAGAAUCGGAUUUGUGGCUUCUUGGACAUCGAGGAAAAUGAAAAUAGUGAUAGAUUUUAUCGCCGCUACUUUAUCUUGGACACUCAUAACAACUUCCUCUAUUGGUACAUGGACAACCCACAGAACUUGCCAGUGGGAGCAGAAUGUGUUGGCAGUUUACGACUGAGUUACAUUUCCAAGGUUGGAGAGGCAACAGUCAAACAAAAACCCAAAGCAGAGUUCUGUUUCGUUAUCCAUGCCUUAUCCAGGCGGUACUUUCUCCAAGCCAAUGAUGCAGUGGAUAUGAAGGAGUGGGUCAUUGCCCUGAAUAAAGCCACCAAAAUUACUGUCCCAAGACCAUCAGUAGUCACUCAAACUGCAGAUAUCGCCAUAGCAACAACCCAAAGUCAGUCGACAGCACGCCAGGCCUACAAAACAGAGAUUGUUGGUGGGGUUGUGGUGCAAACACCGAUUCAACAGAAUGAAGCAGAUGAUGUGUUCAUUGGCGAAGCUCCAUCACAUGUCACCCUGAAGAGGGUUCAGAAGUGUCAUCCAAGCGUGGUGAGAUCUGGGUACUGUGUCAAACAAGGCAAUGUGAGAAAAAGUUGGAAGCGGAGGUUUUUCACACUAAAUGACCAUGCUGUGAGCUACUAUAAAAAUGAAAUGGAUAAGGAGCCUUUACGCAGCAUUCGUUUAAUGGACAUACAGAAAGUUCAUGAAUGCCUUGUGAAGUCAGGGGAUCUGCUGACACGUGAUAACCUAUUUGAGAUCAUCACAAAUACGAGAACCUUCUACAUACAGGCGGAUUCCCCUGAGGAGAUGAAUGGAUGGAUUAGGGAUAUUCAGUCAAAAAUUCAAGAUUUCAGAGGGCCAACAAAGUCGGCCAAUCCGGUUGGAGCAGGACACUCCAAACCACUGCUGACAAAGUCCUGCUCUGUAGCCCCGUCAUGGCAACCCUGGACCCCCAUCCCGAAGAAGGAGGCACAGAGCCGGGGGGCGGAUUCGGCAAGAGGAGGACACAAAGAGAGUUCAUUUAGCUCUCUCCCCACUCUCGCACACAUGGGACAAAGCUCUCAAACUCCCCCACGUCAGCGACACCAUUCCCAACCUCAAGCAGCACCUACUGACAGGGGCUUUCCCUUCCAAAUCGACACCAACAUUCGCUCCUCUGAUGUCUAG